GCCAGUUCCAGUAAAAAUGCUCGGGCGCACGCACGCACGCCGCACAUUCGACACAACGCGCGCAGGCAACAGGCUGCGAACUUACACGACCUUCUUUUGAUCCGCUUUUGGACACCAUUUUUAAUUUUUGGGUCAGAGUUUGACUUUAUGAAGCGGUUUGGGAUGUAACUUCCAAAGUUGCCUGACUUUUUGCGGAGUUCCCGCGUUUCCCGGAGGUUUGUUUACCUCGCGUCGUCGCCGUCGCCGUCGUCGUCGUCGUUGUUGUUGUUGUUGUUUUCACCGGCGGCGCCACCACCACCGAGGGGAGGACGCGGUAACUCCAUCCCUUCGGCCUCUCGACCACCAUGGCGGAAGCGGCGCGGCAGCAGCCUGCCCACCUGGUGGACAUCGACCCGGACUUCGAGCCCCUGGCCAGGCCCCGCUCGUGCACUUGGCCCUUGCCCCGGCCGGAGUUCGUCAACCCGGGCGACUCCGACACCUCGUCGCCGGUGCCGUCCGUCAAGCAGGAGCCCGCCGGCAACGAGUUCAUCAGCAACCUCAGCCUGCUGGAGGAGAACGAGGACCUUUGCGCCGACUUCCAGUGCCCGGAGACGUGCGUCCACCGGCAUCCCUGCACCCCGCAGCCGCAGCAUCAGCAUCACCCCAAGCCUCCGCUCCAGCAGCAUCCCCAUCCGCAGCCCCAGCAGCAGCAGGUGCCCCUGCUCUCCUCCCCGGUCACCGGCUCGCCGGCCUCGGCCGCCGCCGCCGCCCAGAGGAAGAGCAGCUCGUCCCGGCGGAACGCCUGGGGGAAUAUGUCGUACGCGGACCUCAUCACUAAAGCCAUCGAGAGCUCCCCGGAGAACAGACUCACCCUGUCUCAGAUCUACGACUGGAUGGUGAAGAGUGUGCCUUAUUUCAAGGACAAGGGGGACAGCAACAGCUCUGCGGGAUGGAAGAACUCCAUCAGGCACAACUUGUCUCUGCACAGCCGCUUCGUCCGCGUCCAGAACGAGGGCACGGGCAAGAGCUCGUGGUGGAUGCUGAACCCCGAGGGCGGGAAGAGCGGCAAGUCGCCCCGACGCCGGGCUGCCUCCAUGGACAACAACAGUAAAUUCAGCAAAAGCCGCGGACGGGCUGCCAAGAAAAAGUUGUCCCUUCAGGGCGGCCCGGACGGCGGCGCCGACAGCCCGGGCUCGUACAACAAGUGGCCCGGCAGCCCCAACUCCCACAGCAACGACGAUUUCGACGCCUGGAACAGCUUCAGGCCUCGCGCCGGCUCCAACGCCAGCACGGUCAGCGGGCGCCUCUCGCCCUUCAUGCCCGAGGACGACAUGAGCGAGGCGGAGGUGCACAUGGGCUACCCGGGUGCCCCGGGGCCCAAGAUGACCGCCACGCUGCCCAGCCUCACCGAGAUGACGGGCUCAUUGGGACACAGCUCGGAGAACGUCAUGGAGAACCUCCUGGACAAUCUGAACUUGCUGUCGCCUAACAACUCUCAGGUCGGAGGAGGGGCGGUGACCCCCGGGUCGUCCCAGUCCUCCCCCUCCCCAAUGAUGCAGCCGAGCCCCGGGUACCCUCCUUACAGCUCCCCUAGCAUGGUGUCGCAGCCUCAGCAGGAGUACCGCAAGUGCGUGUACGGUCAAGCGGGGAUGAACGCUAUGUCGCCCAUACCGAUGCAGACCCUGCCAGAGAGCAAGCCCACCUUCGGGCCCGGCGUGGGUCCGUACACCCACGGGUCGGUGCAGCUGCCCGGGCUUCUCAAGGAGCUCCUCACGUCGGACACGGACCAGCAUGGAGAGCUCCUGCCGUCGGUGGACACGGUGGUAUCUCAGCCCGGCGGGGGCUGCAUGCUGCCACCGUAUAGCAGCAGCCAGCAUGCGGCCAAACUCAUGGCGGUGGGGAACGCUCACCCUCACGGCCUGCCCCACGCUCACCCGCACGCUUCGCCGGCCAUGAACGGGCGACUGCUCAUGUCCCUCAAUCACGGCGGGGGCACGCCGCAUCUGCCUUCUGCCAAGAACCCGAUGCAGAUGCCCUACGGCUUGUCCAGCCACCUGGGCGGCGGGGGCGUGCCCGGCGGCUUUUGCCCCCUCAACACCAACGGAUACGGACGACUAGGCCUGGCGCCGCCCUCCCACCUGGAAAAGCUGCCCAGCGACCUGGACGACAUGUCCAUCGAGAAGUUUGAGUUUGACAUGGAGACUGUCCUGCACGAAACUCUGAUGGAUGGCGACUCGCUGGACUUCAACUUUGAGCCGAUGGCUACCCAGCAAGGGUUCCCCCACGGGGUGAAGACCACCACGCACAGCUGGGUGUCUGGCUAGGAACUGGAGGAGUGAGAAUGUAAAAAAAAAAAAUGUACAAUCAACCUGACUGAUUUUUGCCUUUUGGUAAGAAGUUUAUUUACCUUUAACAUUCCUGUUUGAAAAUACUUUAAUCGAUCACUUGAAUGAUAGCGGUGCCAGAUUUUGAUCUAUUGGACAAACUACGUGCCAAAUUUGCCUUAACUUAGGAGCCCACUGACACACACCGUCGGUUGGUGUCCGGUGAAUCAUAAACGAAGGUUGAAUCAAAGGCAACUGGACUUGGUGGUUUCUAUUUGUCUGGUAGACACAUUCAACUCUAUUGCGGCAACGAGAUCAGUCAUCAGUUCCAAAACAUCUCCGACGAUGUCCACCUGAAUACCAACAAGAGUCUUUUGCGAGUUGGUAGCUUGGGCUCCGUCGACUUAAGUUAAAAGUAGCUGGUCUAGUAGCAUCUGGAUGACGCAAGUCCUUAUUUCCAAAGCGUGUCUGGUAGUGGCCCACCUGACCGCAAACAAGUCUUUUGGGAGGUGGUCUUGACAAGUUCGCUCUUCAAAAGACUUGAGUUCUAAGUUUGUGGCAGACAAAUUCAACUCUCUAGUGGCACCUGGACAACAUCAGUCCUUAGUUCCGAAACGUGUCUGGCGGUGGGCCAUCUGACUGCUAAAAAGAGGGCUUUACAAGGUGCUCUGAAAGACUACUUCAGUUCGAAGUGUCUGAUAGACAACUAGAUCAGUCAUCAGUUCCAAAACAUCUCUGGCAGUGGUCCACCUAACUGCAAACAAGAGUCUCUUUUUUUGUUUUUAAAACUUCAGACUGUGGUCCUAAUCGUCUGGUAGAUGAAUUCAUCUUUUUAGUAGCACCUAGGUGCCGUCAGUCCUUAGUUCCAACUGGGAGCUCCAGGCUUGUUAGAGGCGGUCCUAAAAGGAUUGACGUCUCUCUCAAAGCGACAGUUUUCUCUAUCCGAAUCCUAAAAAGAAUUAUUCUUAUUCUCGAGUUAUCUUUGUAGUCUUGAACCCGUUUUAGUCCCUUGUUGCCUUGCAUUCCACCUUCCUACUACCAUGGAUUAUGACCAUGGAUGACUGAGAACCAACACACCCAUCAUCAGCAGCAUUAAAGAAAAAAGCAUUUCUUUCCGCAUUGACAUUUUUCGUCAGUGCGGUCAAGCGGCGAAGAUUUCUUGGGAACCUUCUAUUUUUAUCUGAAUGUACAUAAAGCCGUCACGCAGUCAGGUCUUGCGUGUAUGUGUGUGUGUGUGUGCGCGUGCGUGUGUGUGUGUGUGCUGUCUAAAGAUCACAUUAAGUUUACACAACAGAAACAAAAAUCCAAUCUGGCUCCAAGAGAAAACUGGAUGUUUUUUUUUAGAAAAAAAAAAAGAAAAUUAUUUUUGUAGUUGUCGAGCCGUUCCAUGCCUCGCGAACGUCUCCAACGCUUCUGCCUGUACAUAACUUAAGAUUGUAUAUUAACUUUACAUUGUAUAUGUUUACUAGAUAGUAGUGUGUAUACAGUAUAUAUAUAUAUAUAUAUAUAUAUAUAUAUAUAUAUAAUUUUUUUUUUGUUUUUUUUUUGGAGACAUAAAUUAUUGUGUUUAAUACAGAUUUAUUCUGGUGCACGACCUGCACUCUGAAUGUUAAUACCACAGGGGCCUAUUUAAGUAGUUCUUUCCUGUGGGCUUGAAGGUUUAGUUUUUGUCUAAAUAUCUAUAUCUAUAUAGAUAUAGAUAUAUCUAUAUAUAUCGUACAAGUCUCGACGAUGGUCAGAUCUUCUCUUCAAGGAAACACGCAGCAGCGCACUUCCACUGAGUCUCGCCUUCUCGUUCCUUCAAGAAAUUGUUGCGAAACUGACUGUCGAUUGUCAUUGUGAGCAGUUCUCCAAGUGCUUUUCUGCAGCUGUGAAAUAAAUGAGAGGUCAAGGUUUUUGUUCUUUUCAUGUUCAUGUUUCAUGCAUCCAAAAAACCUUUCACUCUUCAACCUUCCUGUUCCUGGGUCCAAUUGACCCACACACAAAAACUCUACUACUGCUGGUCUUGUUUUAUACGAGGGUGUUUUGUUUUUUCUACAUUCGAUUUGACGCCAUUGAAGCCGCCAUCCCACCGAGCGGUACGGUUCCGUUCGGCUCACCAACGAUUCCCGCUCGUGUUUCAACCAAACAGCUGUGAAUCCUCUCUACUGUGUCUCAUUAACACUCUGCGUUAGAUACGGCAGGUGUAACGGUACGCCGGAAAGCAUAGGUAGGUAUUUUUCCCUUGCUUUUAAGGUCACGGUUGGUUCACAUUCAGUACGGUGAGGGAGCAAAAUACAAAACGUUAAACGAGUGAACAGGAAUGCAUUGAAUGGCAUUUUAAAAUGGAACAAAACAAAAAAAAUCAUCUAUCCGGAGGCUGAGCUGCACUGUCUUUGUUUACCGAGUCGACAUACACUUCCUAUUUAGACGGGGCUUUGACUGAAUCUUUUGGGACACAGAAAAAGAAGAGGAAAACAAUGCUACUAUGUGAUUUAGCAAAUAGUGAGGAUUACUGUAUUUGCCAACUCAGCCAUUUUCUUUCCUUCCCCCUUGUUGGCUGUAAACGCUGAGCAUUUGGUUUAGUAGCCAACUGAAUCAAACCGAACCGCUCGGUGGGAAAAGGUGGCUUGAUGGCGCUUCAUAUAAACACUGCCCCUAGAGGAAGGAGGAGAAACAAGCAGCACUAAGUGUUGAGUACGUCCAAGUUUAGCGUCGAUUUCCAUUUUGUGCUUCGUCGUGACGGCUUUUGUGCCGAGUCACACGUAGUUCAGUCGCGUUAGUCACCCGAGAACCACGUCCCAGAGUCCAAGAUGUGACCCCUUCAGGUUUCACCCUCCUGUUACGUUCAUUUUCUCAGGAACAGCAAUAACUGCAUCUAUAACUGUCCAAAAGUGUCAUAACCUUUAGAAAUACAUACCAAUUAUUAUUGCUCACUGCUACUCCGGUCGUCGUUUCAAUCAAUAUUUAGCGCAAGCAAGACUUUGCAUCCCGAAAAAAAACAAAACAAUGACUUCUUUAAAACUUAACAGGAGGGUUAAAGAUGAAAUAUUGCACAUUUCAAAUGUACUUUUCUUUGUUUGUUUCAUUCUAUUUUGUCAUCACGAGAGAAGCCCUUUUUUUAACGAAGCUGCUGUUUGGCUUUGGUGCCACACGUCGCCUUUCAAACGCGACCACAUUUGCCUUUAAGUGACAACUUAAUGUUCACGAUGAUGAUGACGAGGAUGAUUAUUAUACGUAUAUGGAUGUCAAGAUGUAUACUGUAUAUAUUUGUGCCGGUCACUCAAAUUAGAAUGAACUGGAAAUGAAUCAACAGGGUUCACAUUAAAAGGAUAAAAAAACAUUUAAAUAAUGAUAAACAUUCAAAAAUAAAUACAAAAGAAAAGCUGUAAAUGAUAUCUCGACCUUUUUAAGUGAUUCAAUCUAUGCAUCGUAUUCCUUAAUUUUAUGUCGCUAUUGUUAUAUUUCUUUUUCUCUUUUUUUUUUGUUGGACUUCUUAUGACAGAGAUGUUUUAUUGUAAUAUACAUAGCGCUGUUUUGUUGUUGUUUUUGUUGUCUAUGUUCUACGGGGGGGAAAUGAAGUUUAUUUAGAGUUUGUGAUGCAGUGAUUUCUAUGCUAAGCUUUUGUAAACUGACAACGUUGUUAUUUCUUGUAUUUAGCUCAUGUUUUCACAACAUACAAAGCUAAUUAUUUUAUUAUAUUUACAUUUCUAUAGUCAAGACUUCACAAUGCAGAUAAAAGGACCAGGUUUUUUUGUUGUUGUUGUUGUUGUUGUUGUUGUUGCAAUUUUAUGCAUUGAAAACAAACAACAUUGCACUUUUACCUUUUAUAUAUAUAUAUAUAAAAAAAAUAAAUAAAUAAAAAGUGCACAACAGCAAGAAACGUUCCCACACAUUUUAAAAUAAGACAUCUGUUACAUUACAUUUAACUUAUAUACCACAGAGAUACAUGUGCUGUGUCAUUUGCAAUCAAUACAUCUAUGUUACUUGUUCAAUAUAAAUGUAUUCGAUCAUAAAUAAAUGUACUUAUGUGUUGA